AUGAAAUCAAAAGAUAUACUGCUGAAUAUUGCCUUCUUCUCCCAGACAGGAAUUGGGGUUCUGGGGAAUUCCUUUCUUAUUUGUCUCUUCACUCUUGUCUUUUUCAGUGGACAUAAGAUGAGGUUUAUAGACGCUAUUAUCGCCCAACUGGCCAUGGCCAACUGCUUGGGAAUUCUCUUAAAGGGCAUCCCCAAAACACUGACAACUUUGGGUAUGAGGAAUUUCUUUGAUCCAAUUGGUUGUAAAAUUAUUUUCUACCUUCAGAGAGUAACUAGGGAUCUUUCCCUCAGCAUGACUUGCCUCCUGAGUUGUUUUCAGGCCAUCACCAUCAGCCCCAGCAAUUCCAAGUGGGCAGAGCUUAAAUCUAGAGCCCCCAAAUACCUCAUGCCCUCUAGUCUCUGCUGUUGGAUUUUUCACCUACUUUUCUGCAGCUAUAUUCUAUCACAAAUUCAAGGAUCAAGGCACAUGAGAAACAUCACUGAGAUUCAAGAUCUUGGAUAUUGUCCUUAUAAGCUUGCUUCAGGAUUUCAAGCCUCUUUAUUUUCAAUCAUUCUCUCCUUUCCUGAUGCUGUGUAUGUGGUAUUUAACUUGUCUACCAGUGGCUACAUGGCAUUUCUUUUAUACAGACAUCACAAGCAAAUCCGGCAAGUUCACCUCACCUGCCUCUCCCCCAGAGUUUCCCCUGAGAACAGGGCCACCAAAGCUAUCCUACUGCUAGUGAGCACCUUUGUUUCCUCCUACUCACUCAACUGCAUCUUGACAGUAUAUAUGUCAUUUACAAAGUCCUCAUCUGGGUUGUUCCAUACUUCUGCUUUUCUGUCUGCAAGUUUCCCAGUUGUGAGCCCUUAUGUAUUGAUCAGCACUGACUCACAAGUUCCCAGGUACCUCUAUGUUCUUUGUGGGAGGAAAAUGCUAAAUUCUGGUCUUAAUAGAUGGAUAUUCUCUGUCUAG